ACAGAGGAAGAAGAAGUGGAGAAGAAGAAAGAAGCUGGUGGUAAGUCGCGCUGCGCGCAUGCCCCUUCCCACCUGCUCACUUACCCCCCAGGACCCCUCCCCACCCACCAACCGCUUCCUCCUCCACAAGCCCCAACCUCGAUUUUCUUGCUCCGGUUUCUCCCUCCUUGUCUUGGGUGUCCAAGAAAGAUCUGAUAAAAAGCAGAGACACCCAUCUCUCUCUCUCUCUCUCUCUCUCUCUCUCUCUCUCUCUCGGUCUCCUUCCCAGUUCUCGCGGGUGCUAUGGCGCGGUGCGCCAGGUGUUGCAUUCGCAGCUCCAUGAGAGCGAUGAACGUGAUCGUGAACCUCUGCGGGGUGGCCAUGAUCAUAUACUCCCUCUGGCUUGAGAAGAUGUGGGACGACGGUGUUGCUCUGCUUCCCUCUGUCGCCAAUCUCCCUCGACCAUGGUUUAUAUACACAUGUUUAGGCGUCGGUAUCGCUGUCUGCUUGAGCAUGGUCUUCGGCCACGCGGUUGCUAAUUGCAUCGGCAAUUCUUCUUUGUGCAUUUACAUCAUCACUUUGUUAUCCCUACUUUUUCUUGAAGCGACAGUUCUGGUCUUGAUAUUCUUCAAGAUGAAUUGGGAAAAGCUAAUUUCGGAGUAUAUUGAUAAGCACAACGAGAAGUUCAAGACUUUUGUGGUCUUCCACUUAAAAAUGUGUCGCCUGAUUGUAAUCCUGAUUUUGAUGCUACAGAUCAUUGUCAUCGUGUUUGCGGUAAUCCUCUGGGCCGUUGGUACCGGACCAAGGACCGAUCAGACACCGGAUGUCAGGAGUUUGAGACAAUCCUUUCUGGUCUGGCCCAGCUCACCGGCGCUCGUGGAGAAUUCGGAAAAUUGCAGAAGAUGCGGAGAAUUGAACAGUAGGAAUCCGCUCCGAAACUUGGUGUCAUAUCUUAAAGGUGUAAUCAUGACGAGAUUUCACCGGACACCAACGAAUGAUGAUUGAUUCUUUCGUCUCUAGAUGAACCGAUCAAUUUGCAGCAAGCUCAUCCUCCACAGUUUCAGAAGCAGUACUAGAGGUGGUGGAAGGUGUAUGUGCAUCAAAACCCAGAUGAGGAGAAACUCUGGAAGUCAGUCUGGCCGUGAUCACGGCACAAAAUAGAGGCCAUCGUGAGCUAUCCUUCUCACUCAUGUUUCGGCAUCGAAGAAAUGGGGUUCUUGCAAGCUGCAGACUUAUCGGCUCGGCACAUCGACUCGGAACGCAACUUCCCUGUCUCUCUUUCUAAUUCUCGAAAUGUAAUACAUCGUCCCGAUCGUUCGCGUCAUCGGCGGUUGCCGGAGCCGCCCUAAAAGGUGGAGCUACAGUGGGGGGGAGAGUUUCCUAGUUCUCGUGAGACAUCCUUCCUUUUGAGCACGGGAAUCAGUAGUACCAGGAAAAUGAGAGUUUGGGUUUGCCUCUUCUGAUCCGACGCACGCUCCAAGGUACAUACAGACAGUUCCUGCCGAAAACGAGGGAAGUGGACAAUGGUCGCAUUGUCGAAAUUCAUGUCGACAUGAGAUCGGGAUGGAAGAUUGCUUCUAACGUAGGGGCCCAAAAACAGCCAAGGCCCAAGAGCUAGAGCGAGGGGGGUGGUGGUGCCCUCCUCCUACACGUCCAAUCGCUUCAUCUUGAUUCUUGUGCCAAGUUUCGCAUUUAUUAAGGUUUAUCUCGUGGAUGUGGUUCCCUAUGUCAUAUACAUUCUUAACAUAUGUAUAUGUAUGUAUAUAUAUACAUACAUACAUACGUAUAUAUCUCCUGUCAUAUGUAAGUACACGUAGGUCCAUACGUAAACAUACGUGCCCGUCAUCGAAGCUACCCGAAGUCCCACCGGUGUGCGAGAAUUUAUAGCCUCAAUGGCUCGUGAGAAUGUUCAGGUCUAUUUUCAAACUGUUGAAACACUAGCGAAACGACAAUUCCAGCGU